AGGAUGGGGUCAGAUCUUGGCCUACAUGGCUUUCUGCGAAGUCUCCCAGGAACAGACCCCAGGAACUGAUGCAUAUGCUGGAGACUUUGGAUUCAAGGUGUUGACCGCGGCUGACCCGGCUGAGAAAACCAAGAAGCUCAAUGCCGAAAUUGCAAACGGAAGACUUGCGAUGAUGGCCAUCAUCGGCAUGUUUUUCCAGGAUGGUCUGACCGGAAGCGCCUGGGGAGACUGGGCCAACUACACAGCAUCUCCUUUGCGCGCCUUCGAGAAUGAACUCGGCGUGCAGGCGCCCGUGGGUUUCUGGGAUCCCGCAGGUUUCACGGCCGACGGAAGCGUGGAGGACUUCAAGCGACGUCGUGCUACCGAGAUCAAGCAUGGUCGCAUGUCGAUGUUGGCCACCAUGGGAUACAUCACCCCAGAGAUCACUGGCAAAUUCCCUGGCUACUUAUCUCCAUCAGCUGGUUUGAAGUUUGCCGAUGUGCCUAAUGGUUUGGCUGCCAUCUCAAAGGUCCCAGCUGCAGGAUGGGGUCAGAUCUUGGCCUACAUGGCUUUCUGCGAAGUCUCCCAGGAACAGACCCCAGGAACUGAUGCAUAUGCUGGAGACUUUGGAUUCAAGGUGUUGACCGCGGCUGACCCGGCUGAGAAAACCAAGAAGCUCAAUGCCGAAAUUGCAAACGGAAGACUUGCGAUGAUGGCCAUCAUCGGCAUGUUUUUCCAGGAUGGUCUGACCGGAAGCGCCUGGGGAGACUGGGCCAACUACACAGCAUCUCCUUUGCGCGCCUUCGAGAAUGAACUCGGCGUGCAGGCGCCCGUGGGUUUCUGGGAUCCCGCAGGUUUCACGGCCGACGGAAGCGUGGAGGACUUCAAGCGACGUCGUGCUACCGAGAUCAAGCAUGGUCGCAUUUCGAUGUUGGCCACCAUGGGAUACAUCACCCCAGAGAUCACUGGCAAAUUCCCUGGCUACUUAUCUCCAUCAGCUGGUUUGAAGUUUGCCGAUGUGCCUAAUGGUUUGGCUGCCAUCUCAAAGGUCCCAGCUGCAGGAUGGGGUCAGAUCUUGGCCUACAUGGCUUUCUGCGAAGUCUCCCAGGAACAGACCCCAGGAACUGAUGCAUAUGCUGGAGACUUUGGAUUCAAGGUGUUGACCGCGGCUGACCCGGCUGAGAAAACCAAGAAGCUCAAUGCCGAAAUUGCAAACGGAAGACUGGCGAUGAUGGCUAUCAUCGGUAUGUUUUUCCAGGAUGGUCUGACCGGAAGCGCCUGGGGAGACUGGGCCAACUACACAGCAUCUCCUUUGCGCGCCUUCGAGAAUGAACUCGGCGUGCAGGCCCCCGUGGGCUUCUGGGAUCCCGCAGGUUUCACGGCCGACGGAAGCGUGGAGGACUUCAAGCGACGUCGUGCUACCGAGAUCAAGCAUGGUCGCAUUUCGAUGUUGGCCACCAUGGGAUACAUCACCCCAGAGAUCACUGGCAAAUUCCCUGGCUACUUAUCUCCAUCAGCUGGUUUGAAGUUUGCCGAUGUGCCUAAUGGUUUGGCUGCCAUCUCAAAGGUCCCAGCUGCAGGAUGGGGUCAGAUCUUGGCCUACAUGGCGUUCUGCGAAGUCUCCCAGGAACAGACCCCAGGAACUGAUGCAUAUGCUGGAGACUUUGGAUUCAAGGUGUUGACCGCGGCUGACCCGGCUGAGAAAACCAAGAAGCUCAAUGCCGAAAUUGCAAACGGAAGACUUGCGAUGAUGGCCAUCAUCGGCAUGUUUUUCCAGGAUGGUCUGACCGGAAGCGCCUGGGGAGACUGGGCCAACUACACAGCAUCUCCUUUGCGCGCCUUCGAGAAUGAACUCGGCGUGCAGGCGCCCGUGGGUUUCUGGGAUCCCGCAGGUUUCACGGCCGACGGAAGCGUGGAGGACUUCAAGCGACGUCGUGCUACCGAGAUCAAGCAUGGUCGCAUUUCGAUGUUGGCCACCAUGGGAUACAUCACCCCAGAGAUCACUGGCAAAUUCCCUGGCUACUUAUCUCCAUCAGCCGGUUUGAAGUUCGCCGAUGUGCCUAAUGGUUUGGCUGCCAUCUCAAAGGUCCCAGCCGCAGGAUGGGGUCAGAUCUUGGCCUACAUGGCUUUCUGCGAAGUCUCCCAGGAUCAGACCCCAGGAACUGAUGCGUAUGCUGGAGACUUUGGAUUCAAGGUGUUGACCGCGGCUGACCUGGCUGAGAAAACCAAAAAACUCAAUGCCGAAAUUGCAAACGGAAGACUUGCGAUGAUGGCCAUCAUCGGCAUGUUUUUCCAGGUGGAAUGCGGUGAAAAGCUCUUGACCUUGCGGAAGUCGCUUUGUUGUGUCAGUUGAUGGCUUGACCGGAAGCGCCUGGGGUGACUGGGCCAACUACACUGCUUCGCCUUUGCGCUGAGUUGUUUGCACGCCAUUGCUAGCUACAAUUCGAGAUCCUGGCAACCUUCUGGGAUCUGGUAUCAGUCUAGGUAAACCUGUGCAGAUCUGGACUUGAU